AUGGCUCCUCACGCACUCAUAGACUCUUACGAUUCUUCAGAAUACUAUCCUUCAAUCAAAUCUAGUGCAUGGUUGAAAUCCGCUGCCGCACAUCAAUGCUUGAAACCCUCUAUCCCCGAUGCCGCUAAUCUGGAGCAAGAGGUCUCGCUCAAGAGGCUUCAGACACUCACCAGAAAGGCUCCAUACGUGUGGCAUCUAUCACCGGAAGAGAUAGAAAAUGUCGAGGAGAGUGUGAGAUCCUUUUCUGGUAUGCACUGCCCUUCCAAACUCCAGCCCAACAUAUCACUUGAACGUGAAGCAGAUUCGGGGUUGCCACUCAACGCAAUCAACCCCAGAAGUUUCCCUUUGACGCAGGGUCUGAGAUCCAAAUUGAAAGACGUUCUCAAAAUCGUCUAUGGCGCACAGCAGUUCCUGGUCAUUUCCGGACUGAGGUCUUCCCGACACAACGACACUGAGAACGUGAUCAUCCACACUGGUCUUUCGAGCCAUGUCGGUAGCAAGCGAGGCAUGGCUGGUCGAGAAGGCGGAGAUAACACAGUUCUGCGUUAG